AGUUUUCUUAUAUAGGGUAUCCAGGAAGAUUUCACAAUUCAAGAUGCAACGGGUAAACAUCUAAUGGCGAUGACAGUGUUUACGUUAUCCAUAGAAUACUUAAAAGAUGAUCUGAUAGACAUGUCUAAGACGCAAGUUCUCGACGGUAAUUUGACAGAAAAGGAUAUCCAGUGGGUUUUAACAGUUCCUGCAAUAUGGGGCGAUACAUCCAAACAGUUCAUGCGUGAAGCUGCCGAAAAUGCAGGAAUAGAGAACGAGCGCCUCAUCAUAGCUCUUGAACCGGAAGCUGCAUCCAUUUAUUGCCGUUUAGUUCCAACAACAAGAAAUCAGGACUCCCUCGGGAAAUUACCAAGCGGGAGCAAAUAUAUGAUACUAGAUGCUGGAGGAGGAACAAUUGACAUAACAGUGCACGAAACGACACAAAACAAUGGGCUCAAAGAAAUAUACAAGGCUAGCGGAGGAGACUAUGGUGGUACAAUGGUUGACAGAGCUUUCGAGGAAUUUAUCUCUGAAAUUUUGGGUAUUGUUUUACUACUAUUCUUCAUUUAUUAAUGUUUCUAGAGAAGC